AUGUAGUAAUUGUUCCGCUCACAACUGCGUCACUGACUCCGGCCCAGGUUACAAUCAGCUAUCGAUCACCUCCGAUCAGCGCGCGCCAGCCAAUGGCCUCGCACGGAGGCGGUCCGUUGCCAAGGAGGAGGUUUGGUUGAGUCUCCGGGUCGCAGCCAUUCAGCGGCGGUGACUGAAGCGAUUGGACUGCUCGGGUCUCUCCGAGACUUUUUUGUGGAAUUUGAAUUAUUUGGCACGGCACGGCUCGUGACUCACAGGUGACGGUCUCGGUGGGGAUCCUUCUGGGUCGCAGAGGUGGUCACAGAGACUUACUUUUCCGUGAAAAGUUCAUCAACUCUGUAUCAGCCGAGGUAUUCAUCAAAUUUGAAGCAGCAUUCCUGAAGACUGGGACCAGAAAACUGGAUUAUGGCAUUACUGGCACCGUGACUCCCCUAGUAGCUGUUUUGGAGCAGAAAAGAGGCACCAUAACUUCAGUCUGAUCAGAUGAUACCAGGCUCUGUGGUUUGGCUUUGCUGAGAUGAUUUACUUGACAGAUGAAGGAAAUGAUUAAUGUGAAGAGAUCCUCUUUUAUUGUAGCUCUCUAGAGCAGAAACAACCACGGAAAUCAGCCAAUCGUAGGGAGCUCAGCGAUGAAUAAGCUAAGGCAGAGCUUUCGGCGAAAGAAAGACGUCUAUGUGCCGGAAUCGAGUCGGCCGCACCAGUGGCAGACGGACGAGGAGGCGGUGCGCAGUGGAAAAUGCAGCUUUGCAGUCAAGUACCUCGGACAUGUGGAAGUGGAGGAAUCCAGAGGCAUGCACAUCUGCGAAGACGCUGUGAAGCGGCUGAAGACGGACAGGAAAUUCUUCAAAGGAUUCUUUACUAAAGCUGGGAAGAAGGCCGUGCGAGCUGUGUUGUGGGUGUCGGCAGACGGGCUUCGCGUUGUCGAUGAUAAAACGAAGGACCUUAUUUUGGAUCAGACGAUAGAAAAGGUGUCGUUCUGCGCCCCGGACAGGAACUUUGAGAGAGCCUUCUCUUACAUCUGCAGGGACGGCACCACGCGGCGCUGGAUCUGCCACUGCUUCAUGGCCAUUAAAGACUCGGGCGAGAGGCUCAGCCACGCUGUGGGUUGUGCAUUCGCCGCGUGUCUGGAGCGGAAACAGAAACGGGAGAAGGAAUGUGGUGUCACAGCAACCUUUGAUGCAAACCGAACCACUUUCACUCGGGAGGGCUCAUUUCGCAUUACUACGGCAACAGAGGCUGCUGAACGAGAAGAAGUCAUGAGACAGUUGCAGGAUGCUAAAAAGGCAGAAACAGACAUGAUGGCUGCAAACCUGGUUAACAGUGUGACAAACGCCACUGGUCACCAGCCAGGAAGCUGCCCAUCUCCCUCGUCCUCCCCGCCUCUCUCAGUGACCGCUCUCGGACCUCAGGUGAUACCCCGUAGACACGCACCGGUCGAGGCUCUCGCCCGGCAGGGCUCCUUCAGAGGCUUCCCUGCCCUCAGCCAGAAAACGUCGCCUUUUAAAAGACAGCUGUCACUGCGGAUGAACGAGCUGCCCUCCACCAUGCAGCGCAAGUCUGAUUUCCCCAUGAAAAAUACAGUCCCAGAGGUAGAAGGAGAAGGUGACAGCAUUAGCUCACUGUGUACUCAGAUCACCUCAGCAUUCAGCGGACCCCCAGAGGACCCUUUUACCUCAGCUCCAAUGCCCAAACCGGCGUCAUCUCCACAGUCUCCGGUGGCUUCAGUGAACGGCACAUUGCCUUCCUUCUCUGUUGCUGCUAACCCUCCAGUCCUGCCUCCUGCUUUCCCCGCUCGAGACACUAACCCCUGGGCCAAGAGCCCAGGAGGGGCCCCGCCCUCAGCGCAGCCAGGUACCGACUGGCCAUCAGCUGCACCUGUCAUAGUCGUGCCCCCUCCAUCUUCUGCAGCCAUGACCUCGCACAAACGCACGCCAUCAGAAGCAGACCGCUGGUUAGACGAAGUCUCCAAGUCUGUCCGAGUUCCACAUCCCAACUCCAUCAUUGCAGGACCCGCUCCCCUUUCCCAGCCCUUCACUUCCCCGGUACAGAUCCCUGUAGCUGUGGUUCCUUCUGGUCCCCCUGUUGCCUUCCUGCCUCCUGUCCCCCCCGCUAUACCCUUGUUGCCCCCUCGCCAGCCUGCAUUGCCGGUUCAGGCUCCAUCUUCCUACCCGAUGACCAACGGGCUGCCAUUUCCUCAGCCCAGUGUGCCCGUGUUUGGUAUCACUCCUUCGCAGAUGGUGGCCAACGUGUUCGGGUCGGCCACGCCCCCCCAGUCGUUCCCCAUCACAGCUUCCACGGCACCACAGCACGAUGCACAGUUCACUGGUAAUGUUGGUUCCUUCAUGAAGCCUCCACAGUCCACAAAGAUGAACCCCGUCCCCUUCCAUCCUCACAAUGGCAGCGCUACCUUUAACGGCGCCGACAACUGGGCCGCCCCGUCUCAGAUCCCACCCCCCUCCCCGUCUGCCCAGUCUGCACCACCGAAGCAGGAAGAUGCUUUUGAGGCCCAGUGGGCAGCUCUGGAGAGCCGUUCACAACAGCGCACCACACCCUCCCCCACAAACCCCUUCUCAACCGAGCUGCAGAAGACCUUUGAGAUCCAGCUCUGAGGACUGGAAUCAGGAAAGACUAGACGACAGGUUGGUAAAGACUAAAAGAUACAUGGGAGAGUCAUCCUGCUCCCUUCUGGUUUAGAUGGACAACCUCAGGUGGGAGGACAGGUGAACAGCCGGUGAACCAUCCGGGAGAGUAACUCUUCCGUGGGAAACACAAAAAGAGAGGAAAGCUGAUUGCUGUCAGCGGGAGUGCAGCUCCUCGGGCGUUUCGUUUGCACUGCUCAUGUUGUUUUGUUCGUACCGUGGAGGUCAUCAUCACCCUGUGGAGAAUCCAGGCUGAUCCCCAGCCAGCCUUCACCUGGCCAGGCACCCUGGAACCCCCCCUCCCACCUCUGAUGGUGGGUCAUGACCUUCCUCACCUGGCUAAGGAACCUUAGCACUGAGACGACUGGACUUCCAGAUGAGACAUUCUCAUUUAGGAUGUCUCAGUCGUGAGAACAGAGUGAGAUGAUGCCAAAUCUUUAUUUUUAUGCAUUAAGUAUAUUUUAAAUAGCUUUGGAAUUGACAGAAGAGUUGUAAGUAAUCUUGCCAAAGGCAAAGGCUAGCUUAGAUGAAACGAGUUUAUGUUUAUGUAAACAAGAAACGAUCGUAUAUAUUAUACAUGAAUAUAUAAAUAUAUAUAUAUAUAUACAUAAAAAGAAUCUAUACUGUACACACCACUCAGCAGUGCUAAUUUUUAAUGUGAUGUAAAGAGAUUUUGUGAAGGGACAGCUGCAUUACUAUUGUGUGUAUUUUUAAUUUUAGUUUUGAGAACAGCGUGUGUUCCAUCCUGUGAUUGGAUGUGAACUUCCUCACAGUGAAAUUGGGUUUCAUUGCAGCAACAAUCAGUGCGGACCUGGCAGUGGUGGUGGUGCCUACAUGAUUGCCUCUUUUGUCUGUGCUGCGUUUUUAGUAGUUUAGUACAAAUCAGAACUUAACGUUUUACUAUUUUUUUUCUUUUUUUUUAUAAUCUUGUUUUUAUAUUAUUUAACACAUCUGGAUGAACCGAUACUGUUUCAAUACCUCUUGGGUUAUUUUUAAGUACCUGAUUAGGUUCAUUUUUAUUUUGCAAAAGCACUAAACUAGAUCAUUUGAGCUCACGGGUGAUCUUGGUCAGCAUGGCUUAGUCCGUUGUGGUGCUGCAGUAGCUGAGAAGCUGCAUGCUGACCGGACUUCUGUUAGCGGGCCGUGGCUCCAGCCGGCAGCAGAGAACUGCAGGGAGAGAAAACGUGUCACACCUGUUUGGUUUCUCUCUGUUAUGUUUUUAUUUUACUUAAUCAAACCUGUGAAUAUGAUCUAUUCUCCAAUCAAUUUUUUCCCAUUUUGUAAUUAUUUCAUUUCUUUAUUCCAGUUUGUUGAAGAAA